GCUGCGCGGGCCAGCAGGGGGCGGCCGCCGUCGCCUAGCGCCGCCACCUUCCCGCGCCGGGCCCGCGCCGUGCCGCCAUGAAGGCCAUCGUCCAGCGGGUGGCCCAGGCCAGUGUCACAGUGGGUGGUGAACAGAUAAGUUCAAUAGGACGAGGCCUCUGUGUGCUGCUGGGCAUUUCUUUAGAAGAUACACAAAGAGAGCUGGAGCACAUGGUUCGGAAGAUCUUAAACUUGCGAGUGUUUGAAGAUGAAAGUGGGAAGCACUGGUCCAAAAGUGUGAUGGAUAAACAGUACGAAGUGUUGUGUGUGAGCCAGUUCACUCUCCAGUGCAUCCUUAAGGGAAACAAACCUGACUACCACAUGGCAAUGCCCACAGAGCAGGCGGAGAGUUUUUAUAACAACUUCCUAGAGCAGCUAAGAAAAGCCUACAAACCAGAGCUUAUUAAAGAUGGCAAGUUUGGCGCCUACAUGCAGGUACACAUCCAGAAUGAUGGGCCUGUAACAAUAGAGCUGGAGUCCCCAGCUGCUGCUGUUGACCCUAAACAGCUGGCAAAACUUGAAAAGCAACAACAAAGAAAAGAGAAGACCAGAACCAAGGUACCCUCUGAAUCAAGUAGAGAAAGAAAUGCCCCCCGUAACAAAGAUGACCCCAGUGCAAGCAGUGGAGCUGAAGGAGAUGUGUCUUCGGAAAGAGAGCCGUAGCUCAUCCAAAGCAGGCCUCAGUUUCUCACACAAAAGCUGCACUGGAUCCUUGAGGAGAGACCUAAAAGACACUCACCUCAGCACCACUCUUUGAGGACUUUGGAUAAAAAUGGAAAAGCAGAGCUAAGACAAUAGAAAAUUACAUCAUUCUGUAUUGAAACAACCAAAGCAAUGCUAUCAGAUUCAGUUGUUAAUGUGUAGUACCAGUAGUAAAAAGGACUUGUAACAUUUCUGUGUAUGUGUUUUCACAUGACUGCCGAAUGAAGGAUGGCUGUAGGCAGAUUGUAGCAGAACAUUCACUCUUGGUACAUAAGCUACAUUUCAAAAAUAAAUCAGGGUUUUUCCUUAAACUUACACUUGAAUUCUAAAAGUCAUUCGAGCAAGCUUGUACUUUGAUUGCAGCUCUAUGAUGUCAUGUGCUAUCUGUUUCCAUCUCAGCAUGAAGGUCUGUGUAUAUUUUGGCAUACUGUUCAAUUGCUGUGUAUCACCAAGUUAGGCAGUCUAGUCUUUCUGCAUGGAUUAAGUUAUUAAAAGGGAAGAUCAGGCGCUAGUUGUUUAUCAUGCGAAACACAUCUGUCUUGUAAACUUUUUUAAAUACAGAAAAGACUUUAUUAAACAAAUGAUGCUAGCUGAGUGCCUGUUGGUCUUUGUAUAUUGCAUCCCUAAGAUAUUGCAACGUGUGGCAUGAAUGACACAGCAAAAGUAACACCUCUUAGUGCAACUCAUUCAUCUGUCAUUUGGAAGCUUGGAAGUCAGGUAGAGCCUGAAUAUUUUGGGGAGAACCCCAAAAUCAAAUGGCCUACAGCUGUUUGUUCUGGUGAUAAUGCUUCACAGAUGCUGAUGGGGUCUUACAGAUUCUUUUCUGUUUUCACCUGUGCUGGUGCUGCUUUCUUGCACUGUAUUGUGAUGUGAGGUCAGGUGAAAAACAUCAUCAUCAGUGCGGAACCUCAGAGUGCUGUGAAAAUUAUGAAGAUACCAAACAAGGGUCAGUCAGUGUUACAGACUUCAAGGCACAGGAUCCACCUCAUUCUGGCGUGGCUUUGGUUAUUUACAGUUUACGUGGUAGUGUUUCUGUGUGAGAGAAGUCUGAGGAACAUUGCAUUGGUUUUUUUUAUUGAAAUUGAAAAUUUGAAUUUCCCAGCAGGUAUCUGGGAGAGAAUACAAAUCUGGAUACAAAUAUUCUCUGUAACUUCUGGUUUAAAGAACUAGCUAACAGGGAAUGCCUGCCGAUCAUUCUCUGUCAAAAUCAAAAUAGUUGCUCUGUAUGCUAUAGGUCUUGUUUUCCUUUUGACAGCAUAUUCUCAACAGAAAACCCCGUGAUAACUGGAAUUUACGCUGUGAGUCCUUUGAAAAUGUACUGCUGAUUUUCAUUGUUUGCUGGUAUGGAACUGUUGAGUUAUGGCCUGAACCACUGAUUGAGCACCUGGGGAAAGGACCGAUCAGCCCUGGGAGCACAGGUGAAGGCAAUUCAGUUGUGUGAGCAGAAGGGGUGGAGCCUGGCUGCACCUCUCUUA